AUGUCGUCGAAAGAACCAUCUGUCAAUGACAAAGUCAGUGCCAGUACCGAAUCCAGGGACUCGGCCGCUCCUCUGCUGAGAGACUCCCCUGCUCUACCCUCCGGAGCGCAGACCUCUACAUCGACCGUCGAAGAAACCUUUACCAAACCGCGGAAGAGAGACUUCUGGAAGUUGGGAAAGAAGCCGGAAGAAGACAAGCAGCAUGCAAAGGGGAAAGCCAACGCUACCUCGAUAUCCGCUUCUUCCACUGCCAGUCCCUCCUUUGGGUUGAAUCCGGCAUCACCCAUCAGAUCCCCAGACUCUAUCGGUGGCUCGGUAUCACCGCACAGAGGCUCUAUGGCUCAUCCAUAUGGUAUUCCGGGCUCCCCGGGCUACGGGGCGAGCAACUCGUCUCCUCGACCGCACUCACCUGCGUCGUCCAUGAUCUUUGAGCGGAAUGUCCAGGAAGAGAUCGCCCUUCCUGAAAAAUCCCCGCAUUUGCCUACUCAUGUCCUAAUUGAAAAUCACAUUGCGCCCGCUUUGGAUGCAUCUGCGGAGGCCAUCACGAACGAAAAGCUUGACCCGGACACGGUGGAGAUCGUCACUCACGCAACGCAUCAGCCUGCUGCUGUGACAAUCUCCGGGCUUGGAGCCGAUCAUUCUCUGGCUUCCUCAGUGCAGGAAGAUUUUCCUGCAUCUUUGGCGCAUCGGCAAGAUGCGGACACGGGGUCAAAUUAUGGCUCCUUGGACUCGACCGAUGUGCGGCGCCUGAGUUUCAUCUCCUUCGCUGAUGUUGUCCACGGCGAACAGGAGCUGGGAGAUGUGCGCCGCGACUCGACCCAUCUAUCAGGGCAUCCGUCCCUCGUCCCGGCUCGCUCACCAUCUCCUAUCCGAUCGCCCACCUCUUCGGCGGCAUUUGGAACAUCACCUCCCACCAGCGUCACCGCCUCUGUGAAGGGAUUUGAAACAUCCCCAAACCGAGCCCCAAAGGGCACUGGGAGCCCACUGCCGGGACAGAGCUCACCACUGGCAGCUGGAAAUGAAAUCAACGUCGAAACAAUGCGACAAGCUCUCCGGAGGACUGGGAGCGGAGAUCUGAGCCAUUUCCGCAGCCCGCCAGCCAGCGCGGUGGGCAACGAUGAUGGCACGUAUGAGCGACCCUUCAGAUGA